AAAAAAAAAAGUAGAAAGAUGUGGCUUAGUUCGCGUUCGAGAUAACCAGCGCCACAGGUACGGCGGCGAUGAAGGUACUCCGGUUCCCCUGUUACUCUCACCUCAAACCCACCGCCACCGCCGCCGCACAUCGUCAUUUCGCCACUAAAUACACCGCCAAAAUCACUUCUUCUUCUCCCACCGGACGCUCCGUUGCCGUCGUGGUCACUCCGCCGGCUACUCUUUCCGUCGACUCUCGCGGCUACUCUCUUCCCCGCCGAGAUCUCAUCUGUAGAGUCAUUGAUAUACUCCUCCAUCGCAAUCCUCAUUCCUCUUUAAUCACCAUUGAUGAUCGCUUCUCCGAUUUAUCCUCCUACUUUCAAUCUCUCUCCGUCUCCUUAACCCCAGCCGAAGCCUCUGAAAUUCUCAAAUCCCUAAACUGCCCUGAUCUCGCUCUGCAAUUCUUUCAUCGUUGCCCCUCUCUUUGCUCUAAGUUUCGCCAUGAUGUCUUCACUUACAGCCGCAUCCUUCUCAUGCUCUCCCAUUCAUCUUCCUCGAAACGGUUCGAUCAAGUUCGUGAGAUUCUGUCACAGAUGGAUAGAGAUCAAAUACGUGGUACGAUUUCUACUGUUAAUAUCUUGAUUAAAAUUUUCAGUAGCAAUGAAGACCUGGAAUUAUGUACUGGUUUGAUCAAGAAAUGGGACUUGAGGUUUAAUGCUUACACCUAUAGGUGUUUGCUUCAAGCUCAUGUAAGAUCCCGUGAUUCUGAUAGGGCUUUCCAUGUGUAUAUGGAAAUGUGGAGUAAAGGGUAUCAGCUGGAUAUAUUUGCCUACAAUAUGCUGUUGGAUGCUCUGGCGAAGGAUGAAAAGCUUGAUCGAUCCUACAAAGUUUUUAAGGAUAUGAAACUGAAGCAUUGUAAUCCAGACGAGUAUACAUAUACAAUUAUGAUUAGAAUGACUGGAAAAAUGGGUAGAACUGAAGAAUCUUUGGCUCUCUUUGAAGAAAUGCUAACAAAAGGCUGUACUCCAAAUGUGAUUGCAUAUAAUACAAUGAUUCAGGCACUUUGUAAGAGCAGAAUGGUUGACAAGGCAAUUCUUCUCUUUUCUAAUAUGAUUAAGAACAAUUGUAGGCCGAAUGAGUUUACGUACAGUGUCAUUUUGAAUGUUUUGGUUGCAGAAGGGCAGUUAGGUAGAUUGGAUGAAGUUCUGGAAGUGUCUAAUAAAUUUAUUAACAAAUCAAUAUAUGCAUAUCUUGUUAGGACUUUGAGCAAACUAGGCCAUUCAAGUGAAGCUCAUCGUCUUUUCUGCAAUAUGUGGAGCUUUCAUGAUGGAGGGGAUAGAGAUGCUUACAUUUCCAUGUUGGAGAGUUUAUGCCGUGGAGGUAAAACUGUAGAAGCUAUCGAAUUGCUCAGUAAGGUUCACGAGAAGGGAAUUAGUACAAAUACGAUGAUGUAUAACACAGUGUUAUCUACUUUGGGGAAGUUGAAGCAGGUAUCUCAUCUUCAUGAUCUUUAUGAGAAGAUGAAACGAGAUGGUCCUUUUCCAGACAUAUUCACGUAUAAUAUUCUUAUAUCAAGCUUAGGACGUGUUGGGAAAGUUAAGGAGGCUGUUGAAGUUUUUGAAGAACUUGAGAGUAGUGAUUGCAAACCAGAUAUUAUAUCUUACAACUCUUUGAUCAAUUGCCUUGGGAAAAACGGGGAUGUUGAUGAAGCUCACAUGAGAUUUCUGGAGAUGCAAGAUAAGGGAUUGAAUCCCGAUGUUGUAACAUACAGCACACUCAUCGAAUGUUUUGGGAAAACGGACAAAGUUGAGAUGGCUCGUAGUUUGUUCGAUAGAAUGAUAACUCAAAGAUGCUGUCCAAAUAUUGUAACGUACAACAUCCUUCUUGAUUGUCUGGAAAGAGCUGGGAGAACUGCUGAAGCAGUCGAUCUGUAUGCAAAGCUUAGAGAGCAGGGAUUAACACCAGAUUCAAUUACAUAUGCUAUUCUUGAUAGAUUACAAAGUGGCUCUAAUAGAAAAUUUAGAGUCCGGAGGCAAAAUCCAAUUACUGGUUGGGUCGUUAGUCCUUUGAGGUAAUAUUGCAAAAUUUCUUCAAGGAAGAGAAAAAGGAGGAUGCUGGAAAGUCUAUAUAUUUGUGUGAUUUGUUUCUCUUGUAUGUCCAUUUCUGGUAUAUUUUUACCAAGAAAAGCAAUUGCCAGAGACGAGUUAUUUGAAGUGUUACAGUUUCAGAGGUCUGGAGAAAAACAGUCAUAUUUUUCAGAAUCUUGGGCAAAAGGAAAAGGCUGAAGUUUUAAGGAAAAAUUAUUCAAUGAGAUUGUCACAACAUGACUACCUCAUAAUAAUCAUUAGAUAUAAAAUUAAAAGAUCUCCAUGUCUCACUUGAUACACAAUUGAGGUAUUUUGCAGUUUCUCUAUCAUAUGUCUAAUGGUGUAAAACUUUGAUGCAGCCUCUUUGAAUAAUUUCUCAUCUUCUGAAUAUCCGUGGUGGGUUUUCCUGAGUGUUAAGAAGUCUAGCCAGGAAUAUUGCUGUUCUUGUGUUAUGCACGAACAGUAUCUAUCUCACCGUCAGGUCCGGUUAUAUUGGCCAAACAGUUAUUUGUUGAGGAGAAACUACAAUUCAGAGUUCAUGAUAUUUAUACUGAUCGAUCAUAGAAAAAAUUUUCUGAUUCAUUUUGAUUAAGCUCCUCUCCUAUUAAUCUAGAAGUCCUUCUCGUAAACAAAGGAAAUGGUUCAGCUCCAAAGCAGAAGGUUGCAAUUGGUAAUUCUCGGACAAGCAAUAAAAAGAUUCUGGAGUAUCAUCAGAGCAGAAUGUGUCAAUGAAGCCAGACCAAAUAAACCCUCCAGCUGCUGAACUUAAAAUCCGGAAACUCAAUCUUCGGUCAAUAGCAUGAUAAGAAAUUGUAUCACGUUACAUUUUCCUAUCCUCACACAAAUUUUCUCAUAAGAAAUCAAAGGGGGUCCAUUUCAAUAGGUUGAAUACUCUGUUGUCUAGUGGAGGCUCACCAACUUUAAGUCAAGUUUCAAGAAAUCACACAAGGGUUGUUUGGAAUGAGUUUCUAUUUGUUUAACUGUUUAAAGCACUUAAAAGUUAUUCCAAAUAUCCUCCGAAUUGCGGCUUAAUGGUAAGCAAAGUAACUUGUUUGUCUUUUAUUUGUUUCGACCCUCCAGCUUUUAGCCAACGCUGUUAUUGCUCACUCAAUCCUUAGUGUUAUUGUUUGACUUUUCAUUUGAAGAAUAAAUUUCACGUUCUUAAAUCA